AUGUCUCGCAGGCUUCUCCUUUUGGCCGCGGGCCUGCAGCUCAGCUCCCUGGUAUCCGGCCAGACCAUUGUCGUGGACGGAACCGAAGUUGACGCCAACGCCAACAACGUAGCGCCAGCUGAAGAGGUGCUAGCCACCGGCGAUCUCUUGCCCGAGGAGUCGGUCCAGCUGACGGACGCCGUCCUGGCCAACCUCACUGAAAUCGCCCUCUCCGACGCUGAUCUCUUCGCCUUUGCAGACGACGAGGAAGCUGGAGACACCUCGAUCCAGGAGAAGCGCACCAUCAACCUCAAGUGCAAGACCUUCCCCGGCGAUGCUCUGUGGCCCCACAACAUCGCCUGGACUGUGCUGGACCUGCUCACCGGCGGACGCCUCAUCAAGACCGUGCCCAUUGCCGCCUCGUGCUACAACAACUUUGGCGUGUUCAAUGCUGCCAAGUGCAACUCGGUCUCGUCCAGCUGGACGGACUCCUACAUGCACGAGGCCGACCCGACCUCGGUCAUGUCGCCGCUGUACCAAGGGUUGACCUGCAUGCCCACCACCAACCCGGCUGGUCAGUGCACUCUCGGCGGCUUCCCGUCCUACGUCGUCAGGGCCGGCAACGUCGCCCACAUCCAGCUGGCCAUCAACUUUGCCCGCAACCUGAACCUCCGUCUCGUGGUCAAGAACACCGGCCAUGACUUCAACGGACGCUCCGUCGGCGCGGGUGCCCUGUCCAUCUGGACUACCGAGUUCAAGAGCAUCGACUACCUCAAGACCUACAAGACCAAGUCCUACUCCGGCCCCGCCCUCAAGGUCGGCGCCGGUGUCAUCGGCAUCGAGCUCUACCAGGCCGCCGAGCAGUACGGCGUGACUGCCGUCGGUGGCGAGGGCAUGACCGUGGGCUUUGCCGGCGGCUACCUCGCCGGCGGUGGCCACUCUCCCAUGUCGCCCAUGUACGGCAUGGGCGCGGACCAGAUCCUCAGCCUCGAGGUCGUCACCCCCGACGGCCACUUCAUCACCGCCAGCGAGACCCAGAACACCGAGGUCUUCUGGGCCAUGAGGGGCGGCGGUGGCAGCACCUUUGGCGUCGCCACCUCGUACACCGUCAAGGUCUACCCCAAGCUCAACGUCGCCUCCGUCGCCAAGUUCACCUUCGGCACCAGCGCCACCGUCAGCUACGAGACUUUCUGGGAGGGUGUCCGCGCCUACCUCGAGUCCAUCCCCACGUACAACGCCAAGUCCAACUACGAGUACUGGAACAUCUGGCACACCGGCCCCGGAGCCAACGACCUCCAGGCCCUCCUCGCUCCCCUCCUCACCAAGCUUGCUGCUCUCGGUAUCAACGUCACCCCCGAAUACUCCCAGCAUGACAGCUUCUACAAGGCUUGGUCCGCCGGUUUCCCCAAGGAGCUCGUCGGCGGAUCCGCCGCCAAGACCACUGGCCGUCUCUUCCCUACCGAGAACUUUGUCAACGCUGCCAAGUUCAACACCACCGUCACCGCUCUCAAGUCCAUCGUCGACCGUGGCGGUGAACUCCUCGGUUUCGGUAUCACCGGCGGUCCCGGCCCCUUCCCCGACAACGCCGUGAACCCCGCCUGGCGCGAUACCGCCCUGUUCGCCAUUGCUGUGCGCACCUGGGCCGAGGGCACUCCCCUCUCCGAGGUUGCCACGCUCAGCGCUGACAUGACGGCCAACUGGAUGCAGCCCUGGCGCGAUGCCGCGCCCAACUCGGGUGCUUACGCCAGCGAGAGCGACGUCACGGAGCCCAACUUCAAGCAGUCCUUCUACGGCACGGCCAAGUAUGCCCGCCUUCUCGCGCUCAAGAAGAAGAUUGACCCCACUGGUCUCUUCUACGCCAACUUGGCGGUCGGCAGCGAUGAGUGGUACGUCCAGGGCCAGUACCCUGGUCUCCCCACCCAGAACGGUCGUCUUUGCCGUGUCUAG